CGUCGCGUGAAACAUUUCAAAAUAAUAACAACAACUACCUGUUUAGUUGUUUAUAAUACUUUUUUAUCAAAGGCCCUGGUUCCGGAAUUCCAGAUUCGUGUUUUACAUGCGUUCGCAUUAAAACAAUAGAAUAAAUGAUAGAUAUAUUAUGUAGUGUUAUAUAAUAUUAUUACUAUAAGUAUUUACUUUGUAGUGUCCUACCACAACCACAAAAUAGAAUAUAGAUUACGAUUUACAUUUUACGAUACAAGAAUAUACGAUUCGAAUGAUGUGAUUUAUAAACCGUGUUUAUUACAUUAAACUGAAAGAGUCAUGAGAAUAUAGUGAUACAGUCGUUCUACCUCUUGAGUCAUGCUAUUAGAGAACAUAAGACAUAAACAUAACGUGAAAUAUUAUAAUAUAAUAAGGUAAUAUUUGUGUAUCAUGUGUGGUGGUGUAAUUUACAUAGAAAAGUUAUAAAAAAUGUUAAUAGUAUGUACCUACUGUAUAAGUACUUUGAACAGAUUCCUAAUGAAUUACCAUAUUAUCAAUAAACAGAAUGCAGAUAAAUUACUGAACUCAAUACCUCUAAAUAUAUACAGCCAGUCAGAUUUUGUGUGCACAGUACUCUGGACGAUAACUAAUCAGUAGUCAUGACUUCCCAUCUAUUCAAGCCGUUUAGUAGUAUACCUGAACCAAAAAGAUGGCCUCUACUGGGACACACGCAUUUGUUCAUCCCAAAAAUUGGUCCUUAUGACUCUCGACGUCUCACAGAAGCGAUGGGUGACAUAGAACGUAUGUUGGGCCCAGUGUUUAAACUGAUGUUGGGUGGCACUUCAAUGGUCGUUGUUACAAGAGUGGAAGACGCCAAAACAAUGUUUGCCCAUGAAGGCAAGCACCCAGCAAGACCCAUAUUUCCAGCUUUAAACUUACUCAGAAAAAAACCAUUUGGCACCGGAGGAUUAGUAUCUGAAAAUGGUGUCGAAUGGUAUAGACUGAGGAGAGCUAUUGCUCCGUUAAUGUCAAAAAAUAUUUAUGAAAGUUACAUACCUCGGCAUAAAGAAGCAGCCGUGGAUUUCAUUGACUAUAUAAAAUUGAACAGAAAUAAAGACAAAUGUUUGAAGGAUAUAUUUUACCACUUAACUAAAUUUGCUGUUGAGGCAAUUUCUAUAGUCUCGCCCGGCUUAAGAAUAAAAUGCUUAAACACGACCAUGUCAGAAUGUUUUGUAGAAGCAGGAAAUAAAUUCAUGGAUGGAUUGUACAACACCCUCCAGGAACCGCCUAUUUGGAAAUUUUAUAAGACAAAUGCCUAUAGAAAUCUAGAAAGCUCACAUUCCACAUGUAAAAAUUUUGUUGACGAAUACCUGAAACAGACUCAUGAACACAAUGCUCUAGUUAAUGCCAUAAAUACAAAUUCGAAUUUAUCAAAUACUGAUAGAAAUUUACUUGUGCUAGAAAUAUUUUUUGGCGGUAUUGAUGCUACAGCUACUACAUUGGCAAUGACAUUGUAUUAUAUUUCUCAAGACAAAAAAGUACAGAAAGCUUGUCAGGAGGAUGUCUUACAAGGAACAAAUGCAUAUCUAAAGGCUUGCAUAAAAGAAACACUUAGACUGUCCCCUACUGCAGGUGCAAAUGCCAGAUAUCUUCCAAAAACCACUGUCAUUGGUGGCUACGAAAUUCCAGAAAAUACAUUGGUUAUGGCGUUCAAUUCCUUAACAUCAACAAAAGAAAAAUACUUUAAAGCUCCAUUAGAGUAUCAGCCCAGUCGAUGGUUAAGAAAUUCUAACAUCCAAAAGUUUGAUCCGUAUGCUUCGUUACCUUUUGGACAUGGGCCUAGAAUGUGUCCAGGCAGACAUGUCGCCAUGCAAGAAAUGACAAUACUCCUAUCUGAAUUAAUUAAGAAUUUUCAAAUCAGUAUGCCAACUGAACAAGCAAAAAAUAUUGGUAUGAUUUAUCGCAUGAACAGAAUACCAGACAGUCGCAUAGAUUUAAUAUUCAACAAUAGAUAAACACAUUCAUUUCGGAAAACAUUAUUUAUUUUUUUUUUUUUUAUAUAUUUUCUCUAAACAAUCUUCAACUUUUGUGAAAUAAAAAUGUAUCACUAA